AUGGCAGAAAGCUGUGGGCAGGAGCAGACAAGGUGGAUAACGACGGUCAUUAUGAGCACAGCUCUGCAGGAUCAUGAAAUUUCUACAGUUCUGCAGAGGCAACAACACCGAGUUCGAUAUUCAGAAUCAGUGGAAACUGGAUCUGUGAUUUUUCCUCUUUCUGGCAUUGCAUUUAUUCUGUCAGACACUCAAGACUUGCUCAGGACAGGGGAAGAAGAGUUUUCCAAAAGAAUUCAGAAGUUCAUAAACAUCCAUCGGAACAGCUUUUUGCUUUUGUUAGCUGCUCUUCAUGGACCAGAAGAAUGGAGUGUUAUGUUCAGGAUUCAGAGAAGAUUCCUGGGCAGCAAUUUACGUGUAAUACCAGUUCAUAAUCCUGCUGAAACUGUUAAAUUAAUGCUAACUAUGGCUAAGGUAACUUCCAAGCCACAAGCAGAUGAUACUCGUUGCAAAAUAGAAAUGACAAAAGCCCAAAUAAUAGAAAAAAGUCCAGUUUGGAAGAUGCUUCAGGAGUACCAAUCGCACCGUAAUUAACUUAAUAUUUGGG